GACGCGGUGGGAAGCCGUCAGUUCCGAGCCGCUGGAAGGUAACGCCGUGUGCCUUCCUUCUUGUCCGACAGGAAGAAGUUCUGGUACGACAGCCCUACGCUGGGACCUGGAAUGGUAAGGAAAUGCUGCAAGAUGUAUGAGCCAAGCAAGAAAGCUGACCCGGCAAAAACAAGAAAAGAAGAUACCAUACGCUGCAGAGUCUUGAAUGGUCUUAUUCAUAAAGCUGUGGCAGAGAUGAUGAGUAGCUGUGAGGUUAAUAAAGAGGUUUAUGAUCUCAAGCUGGAAAUCUGCAAGGUGUCCUUGGCAUCCAACUUUUCAGCAUGUCGUGUAUACUGGAAUCCUGCUUCUACUACAGCCAGUGAUAAUUAUGUUGAGGGGGUGCUGCGGAAAAGUGCUCCACGUAUACGGUAUCUUCUGAUGAGUCAGCAAAUUCUAGGAAAUGUGCCCCCAGUAGUAUUUGUAAAAGACAAAGAAGCUGCAGCUGUAAAAGAGAUUGAGGAAUUACUGGCUGUUGCUGAUUUUGGACCUCAAGAAGAAGAACCAUCUCAAAAUGAUUCCAGUGAAUCAUUCUCUUCAGCAACUCAAUCUUCAGACUCGCCUAUCCGAUCUAAUCUUUUUGGGAUUGAUCAUGAACUGCUGAAAAGGCAAAUAAUGGAAUACAAAAAACUGAAACUGUCAAGAAUUACAGAAAGUGUUCCGUGGACGCAAAGCCAGGGGCAGCAGCUGUCUAAGAUUCAAAAGAAAAUGAAAAAGAAAAAAACAAAGAAUAUUCCUGAUGAUGACAUUACACCGCAGAAAUACUUACUGGACAGAUAUGAAGCUGAUUACUUCGAUGAUAACACUGAAUCAAUCUCAGACUGUGAGCUGGAGGAUGAGUUACAGGAGGUAGACGAAUUAGAGGCAAACAAGGACAAAACUCCAAGUGAGCCUACCAUGAAACUGAAAUGAGGUGGAAGGAGUUGCUCCCUUUAAAAUUGUGAGUGCCAGUGGCACAAAAAAGAAUGUCACAGCUACUGAAAGAUUAGUUUUGUACCUCCUGUUUACUGCUUCCUCUUUCAGACCUGCAGGUCUGGUACACAUGGAGUACUGCUGCGUGGUAUAUUAGAAAAAUGAAAAUGCUGUUUGUAACAAACUGGUGAACAGCUUUAAAGCAGCUGUAGUUGUAGGAAUUCUAGCUAGAGAGCAGCUUUCUAAUAACAAAACAUACAUUGUGCAGCAGUGUGAGCUAAAUCUUCCUGCAGUUUUGUUAUUUCCAAUAAAAUUAUUGUUUCUAUGCUGAAA